AUGAGGCACGAAGCGCCCAUGCAGGUCGGUCCAAGGGCCGAGGCCGAGCGACCCUCGAGGGGGAUGGCAUCCUCUCAAGAUUCCAGAUAUGGCCAGAAAGAAACAUCUGACCAGAACUUUGAUUACAUGUUCAAACUGCUCAUUAUUGGCAACAGCAGUGUUGGGAAAACCUCCUUUUUGUUCCGAUAUGCUGAUGAUUCCUUUACAUCUGCAUUUGUAAGCACGGUUGGGAUCGAUUUCAAAGUAAAAACAGUUUUCAAAAAUGAAAAAAGAAUUAAGCUACAGAUUUGGGACACGGCUGGUCAAGAGAGAUACAGAACAAUUACCACAGCUUACUACAGGGGUGCAAUGGGCUUCAUUUUAAUGUAUGACAUCACAAACGAGGAAUCUUUCAACGCUGUUCAGGAUUGGUCAACUCAAAUCAAAACAUACUCUUGGGAUAAUGCCCAGGUUAUUUUGGUUGGUAACAAGUGUGACAUGGAGGAUGAACGGGUAAUCUUCACUGAGAGAGGCAAACAUUUAGCAGAGCAACUUGGAUUUGAAUUUUUUGAAACAAGUGCCAAGGACAACAUUAAUGUCAAGCAGACGUUUGAGAGACUCGUGGAUAUCAUCUGUGACAAGAUGUCGGAAAGCCUGGAGAUGGAUCCAACCAUUGCUGCCAGCAAGCAGAACACACGGCUAAAGGACACCCCUCCACCACAGCAGCCCAACUGUGGCUGUUAA